AUGCUUUUGACUCGUGUCGCGGGUGCCUCUGCCCUUUUCAUGAGCAUUGUCACCGCAUCGCCAAUUGAGAAGCGUGACUUCGACGCUCAGCUGACUUUCUUCAAGGUCAACGGGGGUUCUUACACCGUGAGCGUGCCGGCCGACUCAGCUCGCGCCGAGGUUGUCAAGAUCACUGAGCCGGAAGAGGUUGCCGUUGUUUCUAGCGCUGGCGGUGCCACGUGCUCCAUCAAAGGAGUCAAAGGGGUUGAUGUUGUCAUUGUUGGACAGAGGUCCACGCAGAUCCUACCUGCGCAGCCGAUCGACACAGUGUACUGCUUGCAACUUUAA